CUGGGCGUGUCUAGCCUCCAGCACUGACAGCCCUCAGGCCCCUUGGUGCACUGCUUGUCCACACCUGCCCAGCCCAUACCUGCCCACUGAACCUUGAACCUGCCUGGCCAGUACCUGUCGUUUGAUAAUACUGGCCCGCCCCUUUCCUGCCGGCCCCCAGGACAGGUCCUUCCUGCUGCCCAGUCAGUGGCUCCUGCAGGUUGCAGGACCAGGCAGGCGGGAGCAGCUCCCCAGGACCAGGCAGGCGGGAGCAGCACCCAGAAGAUGCGCCCUGUGGCUGCUGGUGCUCUCAAGGCUGCCUUCUUGGUCCUUGCCUCCAUGUGCGCCUGGUACUCCGGGUACCUGCUGGCAGAGCUCAUCCCAGAUGCACAUCUGUCCAGUGCCGCCUAUAACAUUCGCAGCCUUGGUGAGAGGCCUGUCCUCAAAGCCCCUGCCCCCAGAAGGCAGAAAUGUGACCACUGGACCGCGUGCCCCACCAACAGCUAUGCCUACCGGUUGCUCAGCGGCGGGGGUCGCGACAAGUACGCCAAGAUCUGCUUUGAGGAUGAGCUGCUCAUAGGAGAAAAGACGGGGAGUGUGGCAAGAGGGAUCAACAUUGCCAUCGUGGACUAUAUAACUGGGAAGCCGAUAGCCACACAGUAUUUUGAUAUGUAUGAAGGUGAUAACUCUGGACCAAUGAUGAAGUUCAUUCAGAGCGCUCCUUCGAGAUCCCUGCUGUUCAUGGUGACCCACGAUGACGGAAGUACCAGACUGAAGGCGGGCGCCAAGGAUGCCAUCGAAGCACUCGGAAGUAAAGAAAUCAGGAACAUGAAAUUCAGGUCAAGCUGGGUGUUUCUUGCAGCCAAAGGCUUUGAACUCCCUUCAGGAAUUCAGAGAGAAAAGAUCAACCACUCCGAUAAUUCGAGGAACAGGUAUGCUGGCUGGCCGGCAGAGAUACAGAUAGAAGGCUGCAUACCAAAGGACCUGCGGUAGCGUGACAUGUUCCCCGGGAAUGGCUUUGUGCGGUGGAGGCAGCUGGGCUGGCCUGAGAAUCUUAUCUCUUUAAGUCUGACAGUCAAUCCCUGAAGAAUAUUUUGCUAGUUGAUAAAAUCUUGACACACGAUGUUUUCACACUGGUGCUUGUGUCCUGAGGCUAGCGAUGAACAGGAAGCCGAAUGCGUGGGAAUUCACGGGGGACCCCAGAUGUAACAUGGAGAGUGUGGGGAGCACCCUGCACAUCUGGUCUGGAGCAGCAGCCCACUCUCCUAGUGCAGCCCAUGUGGUCCCCCUAGUCCUGCGGAGAGUCUCUAUCCUGCGGUCUCCGAGCAUGCCCUGGCUCCCAAGUCAUCUCCUGGGAGAAUGAGCUAUGGUCAGUAGGGUGCAGCCGACAUCCUUGGUCACUUCAAGUGGCAUUCUUGGGUCUGCCUGUGGGCUGUGGAUUUUUUCAUUUAUUCACUCAUUCACCUGGGUGCUGCCUGCCCCUUGGCACUUGGGAGCCCAAGUCUUUGUAGAGGCCUCAGCAAAUCAAGGAUGGGAUGGUGGCCCAGGCCCAGUUAUGGGCUGAAUGGGUCCCCCUAAAUUCAUUUGUUGAUGUUCUGAUGCCCAGUAAAUACCUCAGAAUGUGACCUUAUUUGGAAAUGGAAUUUUUGUAGCUGUAGUCAAGAUGAGGUCAUCCUGGAGCCGGGUGGCCCCUCUUCCAUAUGACUGCUGCCCUUUCAACAAAGGGCAGACCUGGACACAGAUGGACACAGGGAGGAGGCCUGGGGAGGAUGAAGGCAGAGACCUGGAGAAGCCUCUUCAAGCCGGGAAACACGAAAGGUUUCAGCAACACCAGGAGCUGCGAAGGUGUGGGACGGAAAGCAGCUCACCCCCCGGCUCUGUGUGCUCUUCAACACAGCCAGAGAGCCGCCCUCCCUGGAGUCCCCAGGCCAAGAGCAGUCCUCUGGCUCUGCACCAGCCGUGGCCUCUGAGCAUCCUGGGCCCUGGGCGGACUCUGUGGAGGCAGGGCCGUCACUAGUGCCCAGUCUCCAGGGAUGUCCAGGAAGUCAGCGCCGUGUGAUCGCUGGGAAGCUGCUAAGAUCGCUGCGACUUGUGGAGAAGGUGGACAAUGGAGACAUUGGAGGGCUAAGUGGCCGCCAGGGCAGGGAGGGCUGGACGGGCAGCGCGUGGGGGAUUCAGGGGCUGACACCACGUGCAUUGGACUAUAGGUGGCUCCAGGUCAUCACCCAAAGCCUCAGAGUGGACAGCACCGAGAGUGAACCCUAAUGCUGAGGCAGACGCUGGGUGACAAUGACGUGUCAGCCCAGGCCAUCAACUGUCACAGAGUGCCCUCUGGGGUUGGUGGUGGGCCGCUGUGUGUGAGUAUUCAGGACAAAUUCAGCAAUCUGUACCUCCUGCUCCAUCCUGUGUGAACCUAAAACUGCUCUUAGCAAUAGUGUAUUACAAAAACGCGUCCACACAGGAGGACAGCCAGGUGGGCAGAAGCUGAGCCUCCUGGUCGCUUUGCA